AUCUAAUCCUUAUACCGGCAUUAAUCUAUCCUCCUUGAAAAAAGGAUCGAAUGCCACUCUCUCAGACACGUAUCAUAUAUAUAAGAAGUUAUCCUUCCUAGUUUUCCAAAACUUUCUCUUUCUUCAUCUUCCCCCUUAAUGUUCAUACUUCCGAUGGCAACAAAAUACAACGAUGAAGAAGAUUGUCUAAUUUUUUUUUAACUUUCUUUUUGUUAUUCUUUUUCUGUUUUUUAUAUAUUUUUUUUCUUUUCAAAACAAUGACGUAAAGAGUUCUAUCGUUUCUUCCUCUUGUUUGUGACAAACAGUUGCCUUCUUGGGUUUGUGUAGACCCUUGCCCUAGUUUGUGUAUAAGGUUGUCAAUGGAGGACGUAGCUACUUCUAGCUUAUUGUCCGUUCAAGAAAAAGAACAACAAGGAGCAGAGAUGACUCGAUCUUGGGCUGAUCUACCGAAAGACCUUCUCGAGCGGAUUGUAUCGCAAUUCUCACUUGACGGAAAUAUCCUUUUCUCUGCUGUUUGCAAGAGGUGGCAGUCCGUCGCGCUUCCCCUCCGACGCCUGCAAUCUCCGUUGCUCAUGUCCUUCUCGAGAAUAUCCCUUGGCAAAUGCACCUUCUUCGACCCAUCAGAUGGCAACUCUUACGAAAGAUGCAUCCCGUACUUGAAAACCAAAACAAUACGUUAUUCGAAACAUGGUUGGCUGCUAGUAUGCAACUCUGCUUCCGGUGAAAACUCUUUAUUUAAUCCCUUCAGUUGUGAAAGAGUAGAGCUCCCCUUUUCUUACUUGGAUGCUAGGAUCGUGGCUUUCUCUUCCGAACCAACUUCUCCCUCCUGCAUAGUCAUCGGCGUCAAGACUUUCGUAGAAGGAUAUAUUAUCGUCAUGACUUGCCGCCCGGGAGCAAAGGAGUGGAGGUCUCAUUUCUUCCGGGACAAAGUGCAGUUCCGGAUGGCAUGGAUAAGCCCAGUAUUCUGCGAUGGCCUAUUCUACUGCUUGGAUGAGAAUGGACGGUUGGGGGUUUAUGAUCCAAAACUAAAUACUUGGACGGUAAUCUCUCCCCCAGUAAAUGAUCUACCCGAAGAAGUCAUGCCGAAAUAUUGUUGGAGCUUCCAAUACUUGGUUGAGUCAAGGGGAAAGCUUCUAAUGGUGGUUCUGUUUUAUCCUGACGAACCCAUUAUUCUCGAGCUCGAUCGAUCAAAGAAUGUGUGGACCAGCGUGAAAAGCUUGGACAAUCGGACACUUUUUCUCAGCCCGUCGGCUUCCAUUUCAACGUCUUGUGUUCCAGGAAUUAAGCCAGAUUGUGUAUACUCGCACAGGAUUACAAAUUUUAGCGACGAAGUUUACAUGAAAGGCUGUUUGCACUACUCCCUGGAUCAGGGUCGGUACCAUCCUGGGGACAAUUGUUAUGGUCGAGUAGAUCCUCAUAAUAUGUGGAUCCAACCACCCCAUGAAGCUCCACCACCCUGGUUGGCAGGCAAAUCGUAUUGACCUGUAGAGUUUAUUUAUUUAUUUGUUUGUUUUAAGGAAUAUAUUACUGGUUUGCACUUUUGCUUCAUUAAGUCAGAUCAAAUCUCCCAUUACAGCUUUCAGCUGGAAGCUUAAAUGAUCAAUGAUCAAGCCACAGGAGA